AUGGAGAACGAUAACAAUAACCAACAACCACAAGAAGAAGAACCACAAUUAAUAGAGAGAGAAAUUGAAGGUGUUACAGUUUUACCACCACCAUUUAUUCAAGAUCCAAUCACAAACGAAACAACCAUUAUUCAAAAAGAAGAGGCUGAACCUGCCAAAGAAACUAGAAACGAAGAAGGUUUCUUAUUAAAAACCAUUCAUUGUAGAUUAUGCGAUUGUAAAAUUUUAACACCAAAAAAUGCAAAGUUAGUGGAAAAACAAAUUACUUUAAUUAAUAAAAAACAAAGCAACACUGCCGAAGAUUUAAAAUAUAUGUGGUUUUUACCAGAUAUGUUUCAAUUUGAAAAUAUUGCUUUUACAAAAGAUGUAAAUUCAACUCACAAGUAUCUUUCAUGUGCAGAAUGUGAACAAGAGGUUAUUGGUAUUCAUUAUAUUGGUUCAAAAGAAAAUUAUGUUGCUCACGAUAGAAUUAUUUAUAAAUAA